UUUAUACUCCCUAUAUAUUUAUAUUUAAGCUCUUCGUUCACUCCUCUCAACUCCGCGCAGCUAAACUUUAUUGGAGAAACCCUAAUCGGCGACAAUGGGUAUUUCUCGUGACUCUAUCCACAAGAGGCGUGCCACUGGAGGCAAGCAGAAGCAAUGGAGGAAGAAGCGAAAGUAUGAGAUGGGAAGGCAGCCAGCCAACACCAAGCUCUCAAGCAACAAGACGGUCAGAAGAAUAAGAGUUCGUGGUGGAAAUGUUAAGUGGCGUGCGUUGAGGCUCGAUACUGGUAACUACUCGUGGGGAAGUGAAGCAACUACCCGCAAGACCAGAGUCCUUGAUGUGGUCUACAAUGCCUCCAACAAUGAGCUUGUACGUACUAAGACACUUGUCAAGAGUGCUAUUGUUCAGGUUGAUGCUGCUCCGUUCAAGCAGUGGUACCUCUCGCACUAUGGUGUUGAGCUUGGGCGCAAGAAGAAGAGUGCUUCUUCCACCAAGAAGGACGGAGAGGAAGGUGAAGAGGCAGCUGUUGCAGCUCCUGAGGAGGUCAAGAAGAGCAACCACCUCCUGAGAAAGAUUGCAAGCCGUCAAGAGGGUCGCAGUCUUGAUUCACACAUUGAGGACCAAUUUGCAAGUGGACGUUUGUUGGCUUGUAUCUCUUCAAGGCCUGGCCAGUGCGGGCGUGCUGAUGGAUACAUCUUGGAAGGUAAAGAGUUGGAGUUCUACAUGAAGAAGAUCCAGAAGAAGAAGGGCAAGGGUGCUGCUUAGAGUCUCUUCUUAUCUGCCUUGAGCUUUUGUCUUACAACAUGUUUUGAGUUUUCAGUUUCAAUUGUCUGAGAAACUAUGUUUUUGGAUUAGCUUGUGGUAUUUCUUUGAAACUCCCAUUAUGGUACAAUGUUUUUGUCUUGGAUUUUCUUUAUAAUUUUAAUCGAUAAUUUCACUCAAGUUUUAUGCAGUCAAUAUUAAGAUUGUUCUGUUGGUGAAUUUGAAAUUUCUUUGUCUGUUUGUUUCAUCCGUUGUAGCAUUAAAAAGAAUCGUGAGAUCGGUAUAAACCAUCUAACUUCUUGUGAGAUGAUUGUAACAAAAGUCUAUUUAUGGGAGUGUAAAGAUUUUAAAGUGUUA